UCAUGGUAGGGAGAACACGUCGAUGUAAGGGUGGGGUCAUCUAAGAUAGCACAAGGGUUAAUCAAACGUCUCUAACUUAUAAUCCAGCAAAAUGAAGAGGAAUGACGUUUUGGUUUUUUGUCAAUGUGUUUUUUUUUCUCUCUCUGCAUGUAUUUCUGUGUUUUUUUGUUUCCUGUAUUCAUGUAAAACUUUGACUACAGCUUGAUUUAUUGUUAGAUGAAUUAAAAGGCUUUGAUGGCAAUGAUAAGAUUUUUAACAAUUCACAUGUUUAGAUUGUCUUGUUGAAAUUCAAAAUCUUGUGUGCUUUUUAUGUGUGGGAGGUAAUGUUUGUUAAUCACUAAUGUGUUUAAGUAUUUAGCCAAAAAGACAGAAAUAUAUUUUUUUAAAUUUUCAAACCUAUAGUUUUGUUUUAACUAGAAAUGUCUUCAAGUCAGAGUUAAACUACAGUUAAGGAGUCAGCCGUUGCUGCAGUGAGGAACAGGAAGGAUCUCCAUCAUAGAGUCUCUUUUCUCUCCUCACCAGACUGUGGGGGAGCAGACAAGCUCUUUCUCAUUUCCAGCUCUGCUCUCACAGAGAUCUGCACAGGACUUCUUUGAUACUAAGCUCUGAUCAAAUCAAACAAACAUGGUCAGAACGCUCACUUUGCUUCUCUUAGGCUGUUUGAUGGAGGAUGUCUUUGGUAACCAGUUCAGAGUCAGUCUGCCGCAGACUGUGGAGGCUGUGACUGGAUCUUGUUUGACCAUUCCCUGCUCUUUUGAGAUAGAGAGUGAAUAUGAAAAACAUCUCAACAAAAAAUGUGAAGCCAAAUGGCAAAGUACAACAGAGGUCAAAGAGAAUCAGAGGACAAAUCUAAAACUAACUACAACUAAAGACAUGAUGGGAGAUCUGACAAAGAAAAACUGCACCUCGACCUUCAAAAACAUGAAUCCAAAACACUCAGAUCAAUAUUACUUCAGACUGGAUUGUGGUCAACCCCUGCAAUACACUUAUACACAUUCUCCAUUGACAAUAGUGGUCAAGGGUAAGUUUUCAUUUUUGUUCAAGUACAGUAUUUGCUUUUUAAUGCAGACUAUUCAAACUGGCCAAUGCAUCUUCCUCCCAGAUGUUCCUCCUUCACCGACUCUGAGUCCAUCAGCUCAGGAAGUGAAGGAGGGAACCUCAGUGAGUCUGACGUGCUCGGCUCCAGCUUCCUGUCUGCUUCAUCCUCCAUCUCUGACAUGGACGCCCAAACUGGCCCACAGUCAGGAGACACUGAAGGAGAACCAGGACCAAACCAAAGUCCAGAUCUCUGUUCUUAACUUCACUGCUUCACACCUCCAUCAUGGAAAGAGAAUAACAUGCACAGCUGUCUACUGGAAACAUGGAGGCUCUAAUGUAUCUGUUAACUCGUCUUUAACAGCUGAAGUUAAAUGUAGGUUUCUGUGCUUUAGAUGUUUAUUAUUAUUAUUAAACACAACUACUACAUUUUAUGAUGAAAAUAUUUAUAAUUUUCAUAUAUGUUUAAAAUUCUUUUUAGAUUCCCCUAAAGACACCAGAGUUUCAGUCAGUCCUUCUGGUCCAGCACCAGAAAACAGAAGCUUGAGUCUGACGUGCAGCAGUGAUGCCCGUCCUCCAGUUCAGAACUACAGCUGGUACAGAGAUGAUGGAGGCCAGGAGACUCUGAUUGGACAUGGGAGAGUUUUAAACAUCACAACAUGGAUUCACAACAGAGUUUAUUUCUGCAAAGCUGAAAAUGAACUGGGAGCUGGACGUUCCAACAACACUCACAUAAAUGUUCACUUUCCACCAUGGAUCCGACCUUUCUCUAAUUGUACAAAAGCUGGAAACCAGAUCAACUGUUCCUGUGAAACUGAGGGGAACCCUGCUCCCACUUUGAGCUGGUCUUUGAAUGGAAAAACAAUCAAUCAGUCUGACACCAUUGAAAUCAACACAGACUCUCCAAACAGUACAUAUCUGAGAAGCAGCAUCAUUCUGAGUCUGUCACAGAAAAGGUUUUUUUCUGCAUUGAUCUGCUCCAGUUUGAACUCUCUGGGAUCAACUGAACAUCAGUUUAGUUUAAACGACCUAAAGACUCCGGGUGAGUCAACUGCAUACAUCAUUAUAAUUCAAACAAACUCAAUGAUAAAAAUACAAAACAUUGGUGGGAAAAAGGAAUUUUUCACCCAGGCGAAAGAUUUUUUUUAAACUAACAAAUAAAAAGCUUUUUGGGUAUCAUUAAAUAUAUAUUUUUUUAAACAAAACUUGAUAGAAAAUCAUUCUUGGCUUCAGAAAACUGUAGAAUUAAUUAAAUGUUACCUUAUUAAGACAAAAUGUAGCCUCUCUCU